AUGGGAAUGAGUGGAAUUGGGAAUACAGCUGAUGCAAAUUUUGUGUACUGUGAUGGUAGCAUAAAUUUUCAUCUGAAAAUAUGGGUCUCUGUCUCUGUGGGCUUUGAUGUGAUUUGGAUAACAAAAUGUAUGAUUGAGUAUGCCACACUUGCUCCUUGCAAUUUAUCAGAUUUGCCACCUCUUCAACGUGUACUUGAAAACAUUCCGUACUGCAAGAAAAUUCUGUUAGUCCUAGAUGACUAUUGGAGUGAAAAUUGUGAUGAAUGGGAUGCUCUCUCGAGAAAGGGCCUUUCAGAGUCGGUGCUCGAGGAACCACCAACCAUUACUGUUGAAGGGGUCGAUUCAAAAUUCAAGGUUGCGGACCUUCAUUCAACACAGAUCGAUUCCAAGUUAUUCUCACAUUUGAAGUUUUUGAAAGUCUUGGGAUUGAGUGGUGCUAAACUAACUGUGCUUGUGGAGUCAAUGACCAAAUUGGAGUAUCUUCGCUACCUUAACCUCUCUGACUCUGACAACCCAAUUGCUAAACUUCCAGUCUCUAUGUGUAGCCUUUUGCUUUUACAGAUUCUGAAGUUAAGAGAUUGCCCCAAUCUUACUGAGUUGCCGAAGCAUAUGACUCGGCUUACGAAUUUGAGACAUGUUGUUCUGGAUGAGGAUACGAUUCAACGCAUGCCACCAGAAUUUGGUAAAUUAACUCAACUCCAGCAUCUCUCAGUUUAUGUCAGUAGUAAGGACAGUGGUUGUGGCAUUGUAGAACUGAAGGACCUGAACUGCCUUAGGCGGUCACUUCACAUAAGGAAUAUUGAAGUUGUAACUCCAGCAUGA